CCGCAUGCGCGGGAUCGUAGGAGUAUAAAUGCGCGUGCGCCGCUGGACGCGCUAUCAGUCUCACGAGCACCGUCGAGAGGAUAGCACUAUGUUCGCCAAACUUAUGAUCAUCUGCGCUGUCAUCGUGGCAGCCCUCGCCCAGGCGAGGGAGUACCCGGCCGGCGUCCACCCAGCAGUCUGCCCCAACUACCCCUACUGUGCUCCUGACGCGCUAGCCAGGCACACUCCGGACGGCAUUCCCAUCCCCCAGUGGAGCUACCCUUACGCUGCCGCCCCUGUGGCUCCUGCCGCGCCAGUUGCUGAUCAAGGAGGUGCCCGUUACCCCGCCAGCUUCAACCCCGCCCUCUGCCCCAACUACCCCUACUGCUGGUGAUUCUACUGUGACGUUUGGCGCCAAACCGGACCAUAGAUAAACUUAAACAUUCCUGAACGCAGCUGUCAACUUUUUCUUAAAGUGACUUUUUAAUUUUCUUACAGUUCAGUUCGGGUUGUUUUUUUAAAUUGUACUGAAAAUACACUGCCAUAUUUUGAUGUAAAAAUGUAAAUAGCAAAGCAUUUGGUUUUUAUAGAAAAUGUGUAAAAAAUGUAAAUAAAAAGUUUAUUUUUA